AUGUUCACCGUGCUCUCCGAUAAAGAUAUCCAGCGAAUUCUCCAAAAUCUAUCCCACGGCGAGCUCGACGGCCUGACUCAAGCCCUGGAGAAAGCCCUCAUACAAUACUCCACCCAGAAUGACCAUCAAUACCAACCGCACCGCGCAACGAUCACCCGCCCAUCCGGACAAGUCAGCCUCUUUAUGCCUGCGACAACCGAGAGUCUAGUCGGCGUCAAGAUCGUGGGAGUCGCCCCGUCACCGGAUCCCUCCACCCUCCCGCCGGGCACGAAACCCCAGGCCGGCUUGAAGAGCGCGUUAACGCUGUGCGAUGACGUUGGUCAGGCUAUCGGGAUUCUAAAUGCCGCAGAGCUGACGGCGUUCCGUACUGCGCUGGGCUCGAUGCUGCUGUAUAAAACGCGGAAGCGUACCGAGAAGAUUGUUGUUUUUGGUGCGGGGAAGCAGGCACUGUGGCAUGUGCGGCUUGCGGUGCUUCUCAGAGGGAAGGAUAUCAUGCGGGUCACUAUCGUGAAUCGGUCGGGUCAGAGGGCGCAAGAGCUGGUGGAGACGCUGACGAGCGAUUCGGGGUGGCCAGAGCAUGUCACAAUAGGAGCAGUCGAGCAACCUGAGUCCGAAGAGUUGGAGAAGCUGGUGUCGGAGGCUGAUGUAAUUUUCUGCACCACUCCCAGCAGGGUGCCUCUGAUUCUUGCAUCCUUUCUCACGUCUGAAAGUGCAAGGGAGAAGUCUAGGUAUAUCGCUGCUAUAGGCUCGUAUCGCCUUGAUAUGGCAGAGAUUGACCCUGAGCUGUUGAAAAAGGUGGCAGAUCCAUCCGGUGAGUUCUCGAGCCAGGUCUGGCGGGGAUCGAUCACUGUUGAUAGUCGAGAGGGAUGUUUGCAGGAGGCGGGAGAGCUGGUCAGCUCAGGGGUGGCAGCUGAAAAUUGGCUAGAGGUGGGUGCUAUCAAAGGAGACUGUUCGCCUGAGAUGGAUGACUGGCUCAAGAACGGUUUCGUGAUAUACAAGAGCGUGGGUAUCGGUAUCAUGGAUCUUGCUGUUGGAAGUGCACUCCUGGAGCUUGCUCGAUCGAAGAAUAUUGGCUUGACGGUCGAGGAUUUUUGA